AGAAGGACUGAGAGGGCGGCCAGGCAGCCAGUAGAUUCCCGGUUCCCGCGCGUCGUGCAACUCCGUGGCCUCGCACCCCCACGACUCCGCAGAAUGGCCGUCAAGAAGAUUGCCAUCUUCGGCGCCACGGGCAGGACCGGGCUCACCACGCUGGCGCAGGCGGUGCAAGCAGGUUAUGAGGUGACAGUGCUGGUGCGGGAUGCCUCCAGGCUGCCCCCAGAGGGGCCCCAGCCGGCUCACGUGGUAGUGGGUGAUGUUCUCCAUGCGACCGAUGUAGACAAGACUGUUGCUGGGCAGGAUGCCGUCAUCGUGCUGCUGGGCACCCGCAAUGACCUCAGUCCUACCACAGUUAUGUCCGAGGGCGCCCGGAACAUUGUGGCGGCCAUGAAGGCCCAUGGCGUGGACAAGGUCGUGGCGUGCACCUCGGCCUUCCUUCUGUGGGACCCAACCAAGGUGCCCCCACGACUGCAGGACGUGACCGAUGACCAUAUCCGGAUGCACAAGGUGCUGCAGGAAUCGGGCCUGAAGUACGUGGCUGUGAUGCCACCACACAUAGGAGACCAGCCGCUGACAGGGGCCUACACGGUGACCCUGGACGGACGAGGGCCCUCCAGGGUCAUCUCCAAACACGACUUGGGCCACUUCAUGCUGAGCUGCCUCACCACCGAUAAGUACGACGGGCACAACACCUACCCCUCCCACCAGUAUGACUAGGGCUGUGACCCUGUCCAGGAGGACAGCAUUCUGGGAAAUGGAGAACAGAGGAAAGGAGUAAAUAAACCUUGAGCCAAGAGCUUCAAA